AUGACCCCCAUAUGUGAACGCUACUCGCGCUUGGACGCGCAUAACUUGCAAUUCUGCUGGCCAAACACGAAUCCUCGUGCUGCCUCCUGCCUCUCAUCUUUGUUUUACCGCGGUUCCCCUACUACCAUCCAUGUGUUUGUGCACUCCCCCCCCCCCCCCUUCCCCCUCCUCCUUUCUCUCCAAACGUCUCUAUUUUUCUGCCUGCCGGACGGACCUCCACCACUGCGCCGACUCACCUGCGAAUCCGAAUGUUGCUGGACAAAAUUUGUACACAUGGACCUGACAUGA